AUUUGCAGUACACCGUAAUGGGCAAGUCUGGCGGAGAUAUGGUCAGCAGAGCUUCUGUCUUAACCAAUCAGGCAGGUGAUCCUUCCUUAUCCAGCAUCUGUUGUGAUAAGGUGCAAUCGUAUCAUCCUCCCACCUUCUACCUUUAGAUCCCUUAUCCUAUGUGAUUCAUAAUCUCUAGUACUAGAGCAUUAUGUCGUAAAGUUCGUCGUAGAAAGCAAACUGAAACUCAAAAUUAUCUAUUCGUGCAACUACCAAAGUGCUUAUGAGGAUAGCUAGAUUGGCAUCCAUCUUCAAUCUUCCCCCAACUACCUUAUUUAAGUGAUAAAGCUCAUAUCAAAUCCCUCGUAGUUAUCAUUGAUAAUGGGUGCCCAGCAGUCUAAGAGUUCGCCUGAAGCGGCAGCGGUUGCUGCGCAUGAGAAAGCCGUUCUCGAACGCCUACAGAGCCUCAGGUUUGAGGACGACUUCGUUCAUGUUCACAGCGAGAAGGGGGCGUCAUCCAAUGGGCGUAUAAGCCGACAACCGGAGGGGCUAGAUAUUGAGAUCACUCAGGAUUGGCAGUCUAAGUUGCUUUCAGAUCCUAAGAACAGAUUGGCACUCUCUGCCCUCAGCUCUGCGAACCCCAAGGAUGUCUUGACUGCCCGUUCUGCGAAGAUCGCGGACCAGCAGGUAUUCAAUGUUCGCAUACCAUUCGAAGGUGCUCCCAUCACAAACCAGCGAUCUUCGGGUCGGUGCUGGCUUUUCGCUAGCACGAAUGUAUUCCGUAUCGCUCUCAUGAAGAAGUACAACCUCGACUCGUUCGAGCUCUCGCAAGCUUAUCUGUUCUUCUGGGAUAAGCUCGAGAAGUCAAACUACUUCUUAGAGAACAUUAUCGAGACCGCCGACCAGCCCCUGGACGAGAGGUUGGUCCAGAGGUUGCUCGCGGACCCUAUCAGCGACGGUGGGCAGUGGGACAUGGUAUACAACCUCGUCGAGAAGUACGGCCUCGUGCCCCAGGCUCUGUAUCCUGAUAGCUGGAAUGCCAUGACGAGCAGCACCAUCAACUCCAUUAUCGUCGCCAAGCUGCGCGAGUACGCGGUUGUACUUCGGAAAUUGGUCAACAGUCCUUCUACCACAACCGCUAUCCUCUCCGCAACAAAGGAUAAGAUGAUGCGCGAGGUCCACCUCAUCUUAACUCUGACUCUGGGACCGCCGCCCAGCUCAAGCGAGGAGUUCGAGUGGAGCUUCCAGGAUAAGGAUGGACGCGCACGAACUGUAGUCGCAACACCGCAUCGCUUCGCGAAGGAUAUCUCGAGUCCCGAGUUCCGCAUCAGCAGCUCAGCUGUCGCGAGCAUGGUCUCCCUAGUCCAUGACCCGCGCCACGAACCCUUGAGCCUACUUUCGGUCGAUAGACUGGGGAAUAUCGUCGGUGGCCGUGGUAUCACGUAUAUCAAUGUUGACAUGGAAACUCUGAAGCAGGCAUGCGUAGCUAUGCUGCGUGCGGGCCUGCCCGUUUUCUUCGGGUCAGAUGUAGGGAAGUACAGCGAGCGCGUAAGCGGGGUCAUGGAUCUAGGUCUAUUCGACUACGAGCUCGGCUUUAACGUUAGCCUCUACGGGAACCUGGAUAAGGCGGCGAGACUCAGGGUCGGCGAGAGUGCGAUGACGCACGCGAUGGUGCUGACGGCGGUACAUGUAGAUGCGGAGGGGAAGACGGUGCGCUGGAGGGUGCAGAAUAGCUGGGGCGAGAGCGUGGGCGAGAAGGGCUGGUUCGUCAUGAGCGACGAGUGGAUGGAUGAGUUUGUUUAUCAAGCUGUUGUCGACCCGAGGUUUCUGGCACGACGGGUGAGGGAUGUCCUGGGCAAGGAGCCCGUGGUGCUGCCGCUUUGGGAUCCUAUGGGAAGCUUGGCUUAGGGGAAGUGGGGUUCAUGAAUUAAAGAAUGGGGAGGUGAAUGGAUGGUGUUGAUGAUGAUGGUAUCUAGGCAUGGAUUUUCAUCUUUUGGUAUGGAUGUUUCGAGUUUCUAGUUAUGGGCAUGAUGAAUUCACGAAUAUCCUGUUAGUGGGUAGCUAGGGAUGGUUCUAGCUUGUACGGCUCUUGUGUCUUUACUUUGAUUCCAUCUGUUCAUCUACUCCUAAAUCGCACCGACUAUAGUGUUAUCGAAUCUUACUUUAUUUCCAAGUUCAUGUUAUACCUUUUACCUGCUCGUUCCUACCUACAAGACAUGUGGCUUCAGCGAGCAUUUCAUGGCGAGAAGUGUGCCUAUUGUCUAGAGCUUAGGUAGUAUAUAGCGAGAUCGAGAAAUUGAGGACCCCCUUCAGAAAUUCAUAUAAUUCUAAUAAUUAUAUGGAUUAAACCCCAAUGAUGUCUUCUAACCCCUUUUCUAUCUCAGGGGUCAACAUUUACGCUUGGGAUUAAUUCCACCGGAUUCCGAACCCCAUUCACAUACGUUUCACAAUAUUAAACAUGAUAUAAUAUAAUCUGAAGAGCAAUAUACCAAAG